UGGAUGCUUAUAUCUCUCAUCUGUAUCAAAUCCAUCCAUGAGUUCUGUAACAAAAAUAGAAAAACAACUAGAAGAAUCUCAAAAUUGUUGGCACAAAGUAACUAAAGAUACUUCCAUGGAAGACACGAACCUACCUAAACCUUCUCCUCCUACACCACAAACAAACAAAAAAAAACACCAAAAAGAAAAAUCGUAAACAAGCUCAUAGCAAUUGUCCCCUUUUACCCAAAUACUGAAGUCCGAGAAGUGGGGAAUCACCAAACACGGUUGCUUGUUUGUUUUCUGUAGAAGGCCAUGGCGAUUGACCCCUUUCACCCAAAACCCAUGAUCCAUCGUUAAUGGCCUGUAAAAGACCUUGACCCACUAACCCCAAUUGGAAUUCCUCCUAGGACACCCAAAAACGCCAAAACCAGGAACAGGAGGAGCAACCCAGAACCCACCCACCAACCUACCUGCAGAGACCGCCGACCGCCGCAGCACGCGCUCUCCGCCGCCAUGUACAGGGACGUGUCCAACUGCAACACCUACAACUACGGCGACGCUCUCUACUGGGACGCGCGGUACGUCCAGGACGGCGGCCCCUUUGACUGGUACCAGCGGUACGCCGCUCUUCGCCCCUUCAUUCGCAAGUAUGUGCCUGCUACUUCUCGCGUCCUCGUCGUUGGGUGCGGCAAUGCUGUUAUGUCAGAGGACAUGGUGAAGGAUGGGUAUGAAGAUAUAAUGAACAUUGACAUUUCUUCUGUGGUCAUUGACAUGAUGAAAAGGAAGUAUGAGCACAUUCCUCAGCUGAAAUACAUGCAAAUGGAUGUCACCGACAUGAGCUUCUUCCCCAAUGAAACCUUUGGUAGUAUCAUAGAUAAAGGAACGCUUGAUUCAUUGAUGUGUGGUACGGAUGCUCCAAUUAGUGCACCUCGAAUGCUGGGGGAAGUGAGCAGGCUUCUUAAACCUGGAGGGAUAUUUAUGUUGAUAACGUAUGGUGAUCCCACAGUAAGAAUGCCUCAUUUGAGCCGACCUAUGUACAAUUGGAAAAUAUUAUUGUACAUUAUACCUCGACCGGGAUUUCAAAGGCCUGCAGGUUCUACUUCAUCGAUAAAAUCUUACUUAGAGCCCAUUCCUACCACCGAGAAGGGGCUACUUCCUCCUGGUUUUGUUUUGGAAGAUCCAGAUUCCCACUUUAUAUAUGUUUGUAGAAAGAUGGACGGAAUGACCGAGCUAAGCAGCCCAAUCGCCUACCCAUUGUCAGCAGCAGAUAUUUUAUAGAAAUGACAUACAAAACGAGUCGACGAAGGCCGAACUUCUCCUUAAUCCCCUUACUCAUUGAUGUGAUUACUGUCACUUGUACAACCCCAACUAGCCAUUAGGUGUCCACGGAGUUUCAUUGUAUUGUUUUGGCAUGCAUUGAUAGCUUUUGGACGUGAGAAGAAUUUUCAUACCAUUAGCAUUCAGAAUGAUCCAAGCUGUGGAAAAACAAAUACCAAAUUGUGUUCUGUAAAAUAAAGACGUGUUCAUUGAUUCCUAGAGUAUACUAUUAAAUGAAUUACAUGCCUUUAUCCUUCCCAA